CUGGUUUGAUUCCCAGCUCCCAGAAAGUUAAUGAAGGAGGAUUAUUUCGCAGACCGAGAGACGCAGGGGAACGUGUCUCUGUGUCAUUCCAGGAAAAACAACCAUGUCCCAGGGAAUUAUCCGGAUACUUUGCUUGUGAUGUUCUGGAAAAACUUUUACUGGACGAUGUUCUCGCUGCUUCUGGGAGCUUCUCCAUGUACGAAGUCUUGUUUUCUUGACUCCCACAGGCCACCUCUUGUUAUCCCACUGCCUCCAAUGUUUACACCGUAGCUGGUGAUUAACAUAAUGUUGCAUUCCUGUUAAUUUGGACCAAACGAAGGACAACACGGGCGCAGGAUUUCCACCCAAACGCAGAUUUUUGGCACUUUAUGAAUGCAGCUGUAAUCACACAGGGGAGCCUCGAGUGUUUAAAUGGGUCCAUCAGCAGAAAGAGACAAUCAAGCGCCUUUAUGCCUCAAGAUCAGCUGCAGCUUCUUCGCAUUGUCUGUUAUGAAUAGACCGAUCUCCAAUUGAGCCUCUUCACUUUGGAGAUUUUUUCGAUUUUCGAUUUUUUUUUUUACAGCUAUUGAAAUUAGGAUGUGCCGCCUGGUUCUUCUCUUAGCUUGGUGGCUCCGCUGCCUUCUCGUGAUUGACACAUGAAAUUGACACUCGGGCUGGGCUCUUAUCAAGCGAAGCGUUUCAAUCCGCCGCUAAUUGCAGAUAUGGUGCCAUCCUUUCUUUUCACACGCGUCUGAUUGCACGGGCACACCGCAGCCUCCCAUUGCGCACAAGAGGAAUGAUCGAUCUUACAUAGCUUCUUCUUCUUUUUUUUUUCUUUUUUUUUGCCUCCUUCUAAUUGCAUCAAAAUAUCUUUUGUUGCCAGGGUUUAAAUGCAGGAGAAACUGUUAUUCGUUGUUUUGGACCGGAUAUAGUGUGGGUUGGGGCAGAGAUGCGUAAUGCGCAGAGCGAGCUCCAUCUUCUCUCCAAAUAGGCAGCGCGCAAGACCCGAGAAUGUCUAAAUCGGAGGUGAAGAAGGAGUCCGGGGAGUCCAGUCCGUCGGAGGCCGCCUGCCUCUGCUCUCCUCCGGCCGCCAAGAACCAGUGCGCCAGCUGCGGCAUGGAGAUCCACGACCGGUACCUGCUGAAGGUCAACAACCUGAACUGGCACCUGGGUUGUCUGGAGUGCUCAGUGUGCAGAGCGUCUCUGCGUCAACAGAGCAGCUGCUACGUUAAAAACAAGGAAAUCUACUGCAAACUGGAUUACUUCAGUAGGUUCGGCACCAAAUGCGGCCAGUGUGGCCGGCAGGUGUACGCCAGUGACUGGGUGCGGCGGGCCCGGGGCAGCGUGUACCACCUGGCCUGCUUCGCCUGUUUCUCCUGCAAGAGGCAGCUGUCCACCGGGGAGGAGUUCGGCCUGGUGGAGGGCCGGGUGCUGUGCCGCAGCCACUACGACAUCAUGCUGGACAACCUCCGCCGGGCGGCAGAGAACGGCACAGGACUGACUCUGGAGGGAGCUCUGCCCUCCGAUCAGGACGGUCAACCCAAACCAGCCAAGAGAGCGCGCACGUCCUUCACUGCCGAGCAGCUGCAGGUGAUGCAGAAUCAGUUUGCUCAGGACAACAACCCCGACGCUCAAACUUUACAGAAACUGGCAGAAAUGACGGGACUGAGCAGACGAGUCAUACAGGUUUGGUUUCAGAACUGUCGGGCACGACACAAAAAGCAGCCGCCCCACAACAGCUUCUCUCAGAGCGCUCCGCUGUCCAGGAUGCCCCCAUCGCUGCCAGACGACCUCCACUACUCCCAGUUCAGCAGCCCAGACCGACCACACCUACUCGCUCUGCACGGGUAUCUGGACGCUCAUCCCUUCUCCGUCCUCGCUGCUCCGGGCCACUUGACCCAUCCAUCCAUCUCGUUACCACAGCUUCCCAUAAGCCGCUGACACCCCGGGUCCACGGCUCCACCACUCCGAUGAUAUUGUGAAAAAAAAAAAAAAUGUAAAAUGUUUUGGGAGCAGCAGGACAAUCUGCUUUCAAUCAGUCGGGUUCUUCGUCGUGAGACUGAAAAGCUCAACUCGUCUUCUGAAGACAGCAGAUUGUGGUUACGGGAGAAAAGUCCUACAACGAAGGAAAGAAAGGACGACCGCUCGUUUUGCUUUUCCUUUUUUUGUGGCUGGACACAAAACACUGCAUCAGGUCAGGAUGUCUUUUCAUUUGUUUACUCAAUCAUUCAAGGUGUUUUAAUUAAGUCGCUGCAAUAUGAGCUUUCGAAAAAGACGAAAAAGGGAGCGUUGUAAGAGUAUUACAGUAAAGCCUCAGUAUUUUGUCUCUUUGUCUUGAGUGGAUGAUGAGCACGUUUGCAGCCUCACUGUCGUUUGUUGUUGUGUUGUUGUCAGAAAAAUUGGAAACAACUUAUUUAUUGCAGAACAAAACUUCACUUUUUAAAAAAGCACUUUUCAAUGUGUCUGGAAAUGGAACAAUUCAGUGAUUGUACAUUGUAAAUAUACGGUUUAAUAAAAUGUAU